AGCCCAAGUAGAUUAGAUUCGCAUUGUUUAUGUUGACAUUUGACGUUGACACACGUGUUUGACUGUUUUUUUACGAAUUUCUCAAAUUCAUUCGUAAUAACAAUGGACGUUUUAAGGCGCCCAGCGGAAGAAUUCGAAAACGACCAAACCGUAGAAACUCUAUGGGCAAUCAAAGCCUUCGAACACGCAGAAGUAUAUUUCAACAUUCUCUGUUCCGUCGACCCGAAACUGCUGAAACUCACCCCCUUAGACGACCUCAUAUACUCAUCAUUCCGACAGGAAUUCCCCAAACUAGACAUCGAAGUCAUCAAAGAAGACGAGCUGAAGAGCACGAAGGAAAAGGCCAAAUGGCGGCCGUACUGCGAGAGAUUCAAGAACUUAGUCGAAGACUACAGCUACGGUACUCUGUUAAGAUCGGACGCUAAAGACGAUUACAAAGAGGACAAUACCAUGUUGGUAACUCGAAUUCAGUUUUACGCUAUAGAGUUAGCUAGGAAUAAAGAAGGUGUAAACGAUAUACUGAGAUCGAAAUUCAAACCUUGCAAAUCGGAAGGCGAUUAGUUUAUUAUAGAUUAGGUGACUUCAGCUCAACAAAAAAAAAAGAUAGAAGAGACUGAAUAUCUGUUAAUUAAGUGAGUAAUUUUUUUUAACCAAAAUAUAUAAGUAAACAGUAAA